AUGGUCAGUCCUUGGCCAUUCGCCCAAUGGGGACUUGACCUCAUUGGACCUAUGCCUGAGGGCAAGGGCCAAGUCAAGUAUGCAGUUGUAGCUGUGGACUACUUCACCAAGUGGGUUGAAGCUGAGGCCUUAGCCACCAUCACUGCAGCCCGCAUUGAAACUUUUGUUUGGCAAAACAUCGUCUGUCGCUUUGGCAUCCCCAACACCAUCGUUACAGACAAUGGCCGGCAAUUUGACAACGCAAAGUUCAAGCAAUUUUGUUCCAACCUCAAGAUAAAGCUUUGCUUCGCCUCCCCAGCCCAUCCUCAAUCUAAUGGCCAGGUGGAAGCUGUGAACAAGAUCAUCAAGAAAACUCUAAAAACUAAGCUUGACAAAGCUAAAGGUUGCUGGCCGGAGCUACUCCCAGAAGUUCUCUGGUCUUAUCGCACCACCUUCCGGACCUCAACAGGAGAAACACCUUUCUCUCUCUCCUUUGGUACCGAAGCAGUGGCACCAGUGGAGAUUGGCCAGCCCACAUACCGCACCUCCACCUAUGAGGCCGAGGCCAAUGACGAGCAGCUAGCCCUGAACCUCGACUUCAUUGACGAGCUUCGUGACCAGUCCAACAUGCGCAAUGUCGCGUACAAACAGCGCAUCGCUAAGUACUACGACUCCCGAGUCAAAGCCCGUGCUUUCAAACUGGGGGACUAG